AUGCCGGGUCUGGGCGCUUCGAUCCAUGAGGUGCUCUUUCCCCCCAAGGCCCACAGUUGCACGGAGCUGUUAGCGGCCGCCGCAUCCACGAAGGUCUGCAGGCUAGGCCGCCGAGCGCUGUGGAGCGAAGCUCUACCAUCGGCGAGGCCCUUGCGCACUGCCUUUGAAGUGGAUCGCGACAAUGCGCCAGCUCUUGCAGGCAUCAACGGGGAGGACGAGUCCGAAGAGCCAGCGGAGGACGAGAUCGAGCGCCCACCGAUGUGGGAGAACCUUGACGGCCUUCCGGAAGUGAAGGUGACCUCACCGGCGGUGGCGUACUUUUCCAAGGACAUCGGCUCAAGCGAAGAUGGGGAGAUGAAGCCAACCUUCGGCUGCAAAUGCGGCGGCGCAGAUUGGCGCCCAGCGAUGUCACAUCCCAGCAUCACCUUCCGGCAGGAGUUCAUUGAUUUGCACCCAGAUUUCCUUGGCCGCCUUCGGAAGCUGAAGGUUCAGUUGGCAAAUGACAACACUGCCAAGCUGCAGUGGGAUGCCACAUAUGACCUGCGGCGCUUUCUGAAACCUGGUGAUAUGCCAUCACUGACGGAGACCACGCCGGCCAUCGCAAAGAGCGGACAGCAGCUUCGGUUUCUGACAUUCUGCCCGGACGCACCAAACAACUACAGCCUCCGGGUCACUGCCCUCGAUGAGAGCGACAAGCCCAUAGACUACUUCGAGGAUGACGAGAUGAAGCUGAACGCCACCCCGGGCCCACCGCCUCCCAAAGAGGAGGUCACCGAGAUGACCGUGAUGCCACCGGGUCAGGUGGCAAAAGACGUGGAGCGGGAGAUCGUCAAGGAGCCGGGUCUGGAGACAGGUGGGCAGAAAGAACAGGGGGAAGAACCUCCCGAGAUGGGCGAUGUCACCCGGGAGAUCAUGAAGGAAGAGUCUAUCGCCAAGCAACAAGAAGAAGAGUGA